GCCAUGAUCUAUGAUGCGAUUAAUUAGAUGGGAUCGGCGCCCGACGCACCAUAACAAUCGAACAUCAAUAACCAGGAAACUGUUCUUUUUAAUUAAACCUCCUACAAAAACCUCCUAUAAAAAGGGGUUUGGUAAUCAGAACAUUGGCUUUAUAAUAAGCAUUGACAUUGGAAGUGUGAUUUUUGGACAACAAGCAUUAGCUCCUGCUAACCUGCUAACAGAGCUACAGAAUCAGAGUUGACGACAUGCUUGAUUUUGUGUAGUGCUAUUAUUCGAUCUGGAUCAUCAUCGUCAUUAAUAACCUUGAUUUCAACUAAAGAUGGCAGCUAGUGGGGAAUCUGCAAGGGAACCAGAAGAAGGAACGUGGGAGGAGCCCCCUUCAAGUCCUAAGUCACUCACCAGCCAGGAGCCGUCUUUGCCACUCCCACUCAAAAUGCCAGGAUUCCCAAACUCCAAUGCACCUUAUACUAGAGGAACCUCAGAUGAGGGGUUUCCAUUGAGUCCUGAGACUCUUGAAAGUCCCACCACCCCAAGAACAGAUCUUCUUGCAGAUAUUCAGAAACUAGAGGAGAGGCUGAAAAAAAUGUUUGAGCUGCUUGCGAGCUUGGCUCAACUAAGAGAAGGUACAAAGACGGAGCAGCAGUAUUUGAGUGGAAGGUUUGAGGAACUGAAAUGGGUUCACAUUGAUUCAAAGCAGAAGUAUCUGGAGCUGAAGCACAUGGUGGAUCGAAUGGAGGAUAGACUGAAGAUGGAGGAUGAGAAGCAGAAUGGAAUUAAAGACAAAGUAGCAGAAGAAGUUGAAGUGAGGGUUAAGGAGGAGAUGGAUAAAAGGAAGAGUGAGUACCUGGCUGAAAUAGAAGAAAAGAUGAAGGCAAUGAUGAUCAAGGAACAGUCAAAAAGAGAAGAAAGAGAGAUGGAACUGCGUGUACGUCAGCAGCGUUCAACUGAAGAGAUGACAGAGAGAAGAGUCGCUGAGGUGAGAGAAGCGAUGCUUGAAGCUCACAAGCAACGUGAUGAGGUCAAGAGAAGAUUUCAAGUGACGGUGGUGAAACUGCAAAAAGAGCAGAAGAAGAAUGCCAAACUCUUACAGAAGAUCCAGGAGCUGGAGAUGCGCUGCCAGCAUCUGGAGGAGGAAAAUACUCGUCUACGACUGACCGACAUUGUCAACCAGACAAAUUUCACCUACGAGGGUCAAAUGCUGGAGUGCUUCUCCUGCAGGAAAGAGUAUUCCACCCAUGAUAAUCAUGCUGAGGGCUGCAAGUUUCACCCAAUUCCUUGCAUGCCAUAUGAAACGUGGCGUAACUGCAUCCCCACGGAGGAGCUGCCGUCUGAUUUUACGGUCAGCCGAUCAAGCCGUUUCCACUUCUGGGCUUGCUGCAAUGUCCUGGCAAGUCGGAGGCCUGAGGGAUGCUGCCAUGGGCGCCACCAUCAGCAAUGGGAGAUGGACAUCAUGAUGAGACAGGUCCUGGUCGAGGGAUCAGAGCAUUCUGCUUUUACAGAGCCUCUCAAAGUUCAGUAAAAAUACUUUAAAUCUCCAAAUCUGAAUGUAUUCAUAUUUUAUUACACCACUGUACAGUGUAGUACUUAAAAUGAAUGAAAGGUGACAUUUGAUUCAUAUUUAAAGUCACAUCUUAAGAACUUUGAAGUAUCUUUUUCAAUUAGAUUAUCAUCCAAUGUUUGUUAUCUACAUGUACAUGUAUUCACAACACUUACUUUCUUGAGGUACUAGUAAAUAUUUAAUGAUACAUGUACUCAUCAAGUAUUAAUUGAAAGGCUACAUGACGAUUUAUCAUCAAAAUAGUAGAAUUACAUUUAUUGUUUUGACGAUUAUUUGUACUGAACAGGGAGUUCAAUGAAUGAGUGAACCGGUUUGAGACAGCUUGAUGUAUUCCGGAUUAGAGAAUAAGGCAUUAAUCUGUAAAAAGAUGGUUUAUUUGAACAAACUCAUUGCAGUCUGCCUUGAACUAUACUCGUUUACAAAUUGAAAGCAGUACCAUGGGUAAAUCAAGUUGCCCUUUGUUUUUAAAAGUGUGGAUAAAACUAUUUCUUUUUUUAAUUUGUCAUAACUUUAGUUUUCUGUGUUUAUACAUUUCACUAUGCAAGUGCAGUUACGUGCAUUAUUCUUUUACUCUACAUCUUGCCCACAGUGAAAAGAAUACAGAUGAGCAAUAAGUGAUUCUAAAAGCACUGGAAACUGAAUAAGUGUUUAGGUUUUAUAAAAAGAAAAAAAAAGAAAAAAAGUACAAAACUUAAAAUGAACUCAAAAUGUAAUAAGAGCAAAUUCCUGAAUAUCUCUUGUAAACGAACCCAUUCUUUUUCGCUUGCUUGAAUUCCAAUUGUUUUGGAAAAAUUAUCUAAGUCCGGUAUAUGGUUCUUGUAAGCCCCAUAAAACUUGAAAUUGGAUGAAGGUUAGAUUAGGAGUGUAUAUACAUGUAAUUAUACAUGAAAAUUCUUUUUAUGAGUGUUGUAAUGUUGAACAAGAAAAUUUGUAUUGCUCAUAUUCACACUAUUGUUAUACAGAACUGUAUUCAUACAUAUUGUAGUUAUCCAUUAAAGACAUACAGUGUAUGUUAAGAAAUACAUUUACACAUACAGAGUACAUGUACAAUGUAGAUGUACUUAUAUUUUCCUGAUUUGAGAUCAAACACUUUAUAAUAUUGCAUGUUGUGAUAAAAAUUACUCUGUUGAUUAUAAAUCUAUCUUGAAAUAAGAAAGAAAGGGAUUUUUUUGGUGUAAAUUCAGAAUAUGUAGAAUCAAUAGCCUUGUAGACAGAAACCAAUGCCUGUAGAUAUAUACAGUACUGUCUUUUCUCUUUUAUAUAUAUUUGAAAUAUACAAUGCAAAUUGUGUGAUUUUGCAAUCUAGAAAUUUGGAUUACUGAGAUGUGGUAGAAUGGUUGUUGCAGUGUCUAGAUGCAUUUUUAUCUCUUUUGUAUACUUAAACCAAGUGCUGUCUUUCAUUUCCAGUACUCCUAGAAUUAUCAGAUUUUAUUUUUCAUUGGCAGAUUUUUUAGGUGAUAUUUUGAUUCACAUGUUUAAUACCAUUCCUCCUUUUGUAUGCCUGUAGAUGUAGUAGGAUUAUAGGAUACAUGGUACAACAAUGUUUACUUUACUUACUUACUUACUUUACUUUAAUCCAUCGAUGUUGGUAGGACAGAGCCUGUUCAUCAAUCGAUUGAAUUCCUUUGCAUCAAUACUUCUGUUUGUUGUGGUUUCAUGUCGAGGUGUGUGUGUGGAGGGUGGAAUAGUUCUGCAUUCUUCUAUUAACUUUCAAAGUCAUAUACUGAAGGUGAUUUCUUCCAAUAGUUAUCGAGUUUGUUUUUGAAGGCAUUUACAGAUGGGGCAUUAACCACUUCUUCAGAUAGGCUAUUCCAUGUGUCCACUACUCUA